GCUGAAGCAAAAAACAGACCCCCCAUUUCAAAAUCCCAACCUCCAGAGUGUUUGUCGGAGGGGUAUUUUCGGAACGGCAGUUCUGAAAGUUGGUUAUCCGAGGCUACUCCUCUCUCCUUCGAAGGUUGUCAAUCAGGAGCUCCAUUGCUGAUUUUUUCUCCCAGUCAAUCUGAGCCUGCCUCUCUCCGUCCUCCGCCGUUCUCAAUCCGACCCUCCUCCUCUCUACUUCCUCCGUCUUCACCGGCAACGGGCCUGCUGAAUCAAUCUCAGCCUCCCUCUCUCCGUCCUCCGCCGGUGUCUAUCCGAGCCUCCUCCUCUCUCCGUCCUCCGUCUUCACCGCCAACGGCCCUCUGAAUUUUCUCUCCGUCCUCCGCCGUUUUCAAUCCGAGUCUCCACCUCUCUCCAGCCCUCCGUCUUGACCGCCGAAAUCGGUUAGUAUCCCGGCAGCCCUCUCGCGCUCUUGAGCUUCUGUUUUGAUUAGGUUCAAAUUGUAUAUGAAAGGGUUUGUGUUUUUACGGCUGGGUAAUAAUUUUGGGGCCAGAGAAUAUAAGGCAGCAGGCGGAAUUCUCUUUUGGGGGGACAGAAUUUCGUGGAGAAUUAAUAGAGAAAGGAGCUGGCGAUUAAUCGAUCCCAACGUCUUUGGUUUUCUAGCUUCGGUUUUGAUUAGGUUCAACUUUGGAGGUUUAAUAAGAGAGGGGUUACGGGUUAGAAAGUGUCUGAGAUAAUUGCAUUAGCAGCAUCAGGUAUGUGGUUUUGUACAUUAGUGUUGCUGUGUAUAUAGAAAUCUGGAAUCAGAAUAGGUGUAUGUACUGCC